AUGUCACCAACCUCCGACAAACCGCCUCUCAACCCCCAGCCCGUCUCAUUUUUGGGACUGGGGAACAUGGGCCUGGCCGUGGCCGAACGUCUCCUUGGAACAGGUCACAAGAUAACUGUCUGGAACCGAACGCCCUCCAAAGCCAAUUCUCUUGUUGCCAAGGGAGCCACUCUAGCUGAGUCCCCUUCGGCGUGCGUGGUAGCAAGCCCCAUCGUCAUCCUCUUCCUCCUCUCCGACGCUGCCACGCAAGAAGUCCUCUCCACCGUACAAGACUUCAGCGAGAAAACAAUCAUCAAUCUCACCAACGGCACCCCAUCUCAAGCGCGUAAUAGAGCAGCCUACGUCGCAGCUCGUGGCGCGCACGCUUACCUUCACGGCGCGGUCAUGGUACCCCCUAUGCUCGUCGGACAGCCCGAGUCCCUCACGAUCUAUUCGGGCCCGCGGUCUGCAUUUGAGUCCAUCGUCACAGUCACCGCCGCCCUCGGCGCGUCAACACACGUCUGUGAGGAUGCUGGCAUGGCGGCGCUGCUGGACAACGCGCUCCUAAGCAUCAUGGGCGGCUUGUUUGAGGGGUUUGUGCAAAGUCUUGCCCUGGUCGGCAAGGCUGGAGUCGACGAGGUCGAGUUUACCACCGGACUGGCUGUGCCGCUGCUAAAGGGAUUUGCAGGCUGGUUGCCGCGGAUUUCUGAACAGGCGAGGAGCAGGCAGUAUAGGGGCGGGUCGACCUUGUUGAUGCAGUUGGAGGCCCUAGAUAAUAUUGCGGAAACCGGGAGGGAGUUGGGGUUGGAGCGCAUACUGCUGGAGUCUUUGAGGAGUGUAAUCAGUGAGGCGGUGAUACGGGGAAAGGGGGAGGAAAACGUUGCCGGUCUGGUUGGGCUUCUAACAGAUCAGUGA